AUGGAGUUACCGUCGGAAACGGCGCCGCCCACCACCUCUGUCUACGUUCUUUCUGAUAUUGACGGCUACAAAUACAAGCUAGUUAUGCAAGGCGAUGUCGAGCUGCUCAGCGUACGCAAGGUAAAGCGCUAUCUCCAGCGAGCUGCUGGAAUCCACCCAGCGCAGCAGCUGCUCUCCUUCAACAGUGUGGAACUGAACGACACGAUGAGUGGAAAGGAUGCUGGUUUUUUCGACGGAGCCAUUCUGCGGCUGCAGCAGGUAUCACCCUCUUCUGCAGGACGGGCGACGUGCACCUCUGCGAGCGGAGCGUCUCCCCGCCUCAGUGCACAUAAGGGGCCGGGCAGUGCCAGCUCAAAUACUGUUUCCUUUCGUACACAGGACAACGAUAGCCGCACUUCGCCUCGAAAAGGCGACUUUGUUGUCGAUGGAACAUCAGCACUGAUCUCCGCGCCGGCGGUGAGAGCGACCAUUCACACUCAACAGGUGGUCAGCAGCACUCCCCGCGCCUUGCCACCACCGCUACGGUGUCUAUCACCGAAUCAGUCCACAGGUUUUGCUGAACGAGAGGCACACGAUGCAGCAUCGUGCGCGAAACGGGACACAGUAGCAGACAUCGUUUAUCCCUCUCAGGCAGAGCGCAGAAGUGCCUGCAGUGCCACGGUCGGUACGCUUCCAACCACUUCAUGGGGGACGUCAUCCGCCGUGAACGCAAACUGGGACGGUGCCCACGCGUACUGCCAGGAGCUGGAAGGGAAAGUGGCGGCUCUCUCUAUCGACAAUGUACGACUGCGUGAGCAACUCCAAGCGGCUGCGCGACAGGCGGCAGAGUCGUGCACGGACUGGAAGUAUGAAGAGGAGGUGAAACAACUGAAGGCGACCGUUGCAAUGGCGCAACAAGGCGCCAGGGACGCAGAGAGAGCUGCCGCGCAUCGUUGGCGCGUAAAAGAGGAAGAGCUCGUCAAGGAGCUGGACCUCCUGCGCGAAGAGCGACGGCGGUUUCAGGAGGAAUCCACUACUCAGGAAGCGAAGCUGCAGGGGCUGAUGCACUCGAUGGAGGGCGAGAUUCGCGGUCUCAAGUACGAGCUUCACGAUAAGGAUGAAGCGCUGCAAACAGCCCGACUCUCACUGGCCGAAUUGCAGCGCCAAACGUCCUCGUGGCCAGACGUGGCGCGUUGCGGCAGCGACAGUGUGUCGGGGAGUCGCAUAGACCACCCUUUUGCGCCAGCUGCAUCUCCCCAUGCGCGGAUUCCGCUGCACCAACGGCAGCAUGGCGGCAGUAGCAGCAUUGACGGGUUGGCGGAAGCUGCCUUAGAGUGUCUGGCGCAGACCUUCGAGUCCGCUGCGCCGCUGAAGCUUGACCCUGACAACGACACUUGCGUCAUCCCCGUAGCCAACGGUUUGAAUGUGCUUGUCACGCUUGAUCGAGAGACAGAGCGACUGUUCCUGUACGUGCCGCUUCUCAAUCGACUACCCUCUUCUCUUGUUCAACGGAUGCAGCUGUACGAAAUGCUGCUGGAGGGUGCGCUCUUGGGCAAAGACAUGGCUGGCGGUGGUGUCGGAGUGAGUCUCGAGGCGAAUCUCGUACUGAUGAGCGUCUCUGCCAACCUCCGACACAGCGCAGCAUCUGCUCUGGCAGUUACUGCGACACCAUUUGUGGAAGCAGCUCAGGCCUUGACGACGCGAAUUGAUGCACUGCUCAGCACCCGAAGGGUCUUUUGA